CACACAGUAGGCUCCACAGACAGCAGAGACAGACCAGAGCCACGAUCCUCUUUCUUUUUGCUCUAUCGUUGAUUUGAUGAAACACAUUGUGGUCUCAAGCCUGUGAUUUUGAAAUUGCUGCAGCCCUCCAGUGAAGUCAACAUACUUACAGUGUUACAUCUACCGUCCGUAGAAAUGAAUUGUGCAAGAGUUCUCCAUGCCUUAGGGAGUCACCCACCACCAGCUGUGAUGCCAGUUGACCUCGCCAUGUUUCUGAGCCUCAGCAAGCGUCAACCCCUUUAUCAGCUGCAGCCCACGUCUCCUCUGAAACCCACACAGCGUCGUUAUCAGCCGGCCAACUGCCUGCCUAGGACCGGCCUUCAAUCACCGCACCCAUCCUCCUCUUCCUCCUUCGCUUCAUCCUCGUCGCUGCCCUCCUCCCCUGUGUCCUCAGAACCUCGGAGCUGUUUCCGCAGGGACAGCAGUGGCCUGAGCAAGAAGCGUGUGAUCUUUGCAGACGCUAAAGGAUUGGCCCUCACUGCUGUGAGGCUAUUUAUCCCUGAGGUCUCUACCCCUGCGUCCACUCUGGUGAUGAAACCCUCCCUCGCCCAACUGCAAGGCCAACAGCUGACCUCAAACAAACUGCAACGCUACAAAUUGCGCCUUGGCUUCCCUCAGCCAGCGCUUGACUUCAAAGCCUUCCUUGCACGUCUGCGAGACAUGCGUGUACAGUUGGAGAGAUGCAACGUUUCCGAGCACUCCUUGAGUGGAAAAGUGCGCGUCUCCCAUGUCGGUAUCGACAAGGCUGUACAUGUGAGGGUGACUUUUGACUCUUGGCGGAGCCACCAUGACAUCCCCUGCACAUUCCUGCAGCAGCAGCGCUACGGGGGUUGUGACAUGGACGUUUUUGCUUUUGACUUAAGCUUACCGAAGAACAUAGACCCCAAUGAGCGAGUCGAGUUUUGUGUGUCCUUAACGCCUGGUCCUGGCUCGACGCCGCACUGGGACGACAACAUGGGGCAGAAUUACAGGGUGUGCGUGGAAAAAGAUGGAUCAGAUGGUUACCAAGGCAACGCUUACCAUUGCUACCCCACACUUUCACACCAUCGGGCAUCAUCUUGGCCUUCACAUGUGUCCCCCAGGAUGCAGAACUCUGCUGAUCUACAGCUUCAGAGGAGAGUCAGAACAGAGCGGAACAACCUGUGUUUGACAAAGUAGAGCAUUGAAAGUAGCCCUCUCAACACAGCCAUGAAAUAUGUAAAUAAUGUAACUAUGUCAAGAAAUAUUUAAGAGAGAAUUAGGGCUUUUAUGGAUGCAUGGACAUUGUUGGAUGGUCUAAAGCCUACUGUUCAGAAACAGCUCACCCAUAUUAGCUCAACUACCCUGCUGAAAUGUGAAUAAUACAUGCUGCCUUAUUGUUCUGAUUAAAUCCAUUUUUUUAAAGAAG